AUGCUCUUCACUCUGCAAUUCUCCUCGCCUCCGGCCAUCAACCCUCUUCCCUCAAAGCCCUUCUCUCACGCGCCACACCACCACCAGAUCACACUCAACUUGCUCCCCUCGCCCCACUUGCCCAAGUCCCCACCCUGCUCCACCAUAGAUCACUUCACACUCAGUCAUCACGGCAAAGAAGACAACGACCUUGAUGGGGUAGUAGAAGUUGACCGAACGCUCCCAUUGGGACUACGGAGAGAGGCAAUGCCGAGACACGUGACCAUCAUCAUGGACGGGAACCGGAGAUGGGCCCGGUCGAGAGACUUACCGGUGAGAUCCGGCUAUGAAGCCGGCGGGAGGUCCUUGAGAACGAUUGUGGAACUCUGUUGCAAAUGGGGGAUUAAAGUCCUUAGUGUCUUUGCUUUCUCCAGUGAUAAUUGGUUCCGCCCCAAAGGGGAAGUGGAACUUUUAAUGAGUUUGUUUGAAAGUGGGAUGCAGGAGGAUACUGGGAUCUUUUUCAGGGAAAACAUCAGAAUAUCUGUAAUUGGAGAUCUAGCCAAGCUCCCUGAGGCCCUUCAGGAACUGAUACUCAACUUGGAGGAAACCACCAAGAACAAUUCGCAUUUUCAACUAAUCAUAGCCGUCAGUUACAGCGGAAAAUACGAUAUCAUUCAAGCUUGCCAAAGGCUAGCUCUAAAGGCUAAGCAUGGUCUUAUCGAGCCUAGUGACAUCGACAUCUCUCUAAUGGAACAAGAACUACAAACAAAUUGCACCGAAUUCUCCCGUCCGGACCUACUCAUACGGACCAGCGGAGAAUUUAGAAUCAGCAAUUUCAUGUUAUGGCAGUUGGCAUAUACCGAGUUAUUCUUUGCACAAUCACUCUGGCCUGAUUUCGGAGAAGCCGAGUUUUUGAAGGCAUUGCUAUCCUUUCAGCAACGGCAGAGACGUUAUGGUGGAUGAAGGGGGUUUAUAGGGACAUAUGAAGG